AUGACAUUUAGCAUUGUUGAAGAGAAACCAAUUAGCUAUACUGAUGGAUUAUCUGUUCAGAAUGAUAUAAUUCGCACUGAUAACUAUACCUUUACUGUGAGGCAAAAUAGCGCUUAUUUUGAAAGCAGCAAGACUGUUAAUUUACCCAAUAAUUCUCAUCUCGUAGAGAAGGCAUUAAUUGAUCACGUUCUUGCUAUUAACCAUGAAGAAUGCGAUGCUGGUGACGAGGAUUCAUUUUUUGUUUGUGAUUUGAAUCAAAUACGUACAUCAGUUGAAGUUUGGAAGCAAUUAUUACCCCGGGUUCAGCCACACUAUGCAAUCAAGUGCAAUACGAAUAUAGAAGUUUUAAAGUAUUUGGACAAGCUUGGUGUCAAUUUCGAUUGUGCAUCAAAGAACGAAAUUGAUACUGUUUUGCAGUUGGGUGUUGAUGCCAGCAGAAUUGUUUAUGCCAAUCCCUGCAAAACAACUUCUUUUAUUAGGCAUGCUAGGAACAAUGGAGUUGAUUUGACCACUGUGGACAAUGUCCAAGAAUUGCAAAAAUUGGCAAAAUUCCAUCCCAAAUGUAGAAUUUUGAUUCGAAUUGUUACGGAUGAUGAAGAUGCCCAGUGUAGGUUGAGUACCAAGUUUGGGUGUUCGUUACGUACUGCGAUGGAAACCAUUUUACCCACUGCCAAAGAGUUGAACUUGCCGGUUGUUGGAGUUGCUUUCCAUGUUGGUUCAGGGGCCAAGAAUUUUAAUUCCAUUUACAAAGCCAUUAGAGAUUCAAGGAUUUUGUUUGAUUGUGCAAUUGACCUUGGUUUUAAUAUGAGCAUCUUGGAUAUUGGAGGGGGGUUUGAGUUUGAAACUUUUACCGAAUCCUCUAGAAUGGUUAACUAUUCAAUUGAUAAAUUUUUCCCCCACGAUUAUAUUGAACAGAACCAAAUCAAAGUUAUUGCCGAACCAGGCAGAUUCAUGGUGGCAAAUGCAUUCACUUUGGCGACUCAUAUAAUUGCCAAGCGUGAAUUAUCAGACGGCGGGGGCAUCAAGGCAAUGUUAUACAUUAACGAUGGUGUUUACGGCAAUAUGAACUGCAUACUAUUUGACCAUCAAGAACCAAAAGCGUGCGUUUUGCAAAGUGGCAACGAGUUUCAUUACAUUGAGAGGGAGGAUGUGAAAACCAAGGAAUAUGAUUUUUCAAUCUGGGGACCUACAUGUGAUGGUUUGGAUUGUGUUUCUACAAAAGCUCGUUUAAGAUACAACGUUGACGUUGGCGACUGGUUGUACUUUCCAAAUCUAGGCGCAUACACUAGUUGUGCAACAACCCAAUUUAAUGGGUUCAAGAAUGAUACUAAGGUUAUAUAUAUCCCUAUCAGCGAUUAA